AAAAAAAAAAUCCAAAGAAGCUGAAUGUAUUAGUUUCUUGCAAAAUUAGGGCACACGGAGAUACAGCCAUUGAAGAAGAUGAGGAGGAUUUCUCUGCGCAAUUGCAAUGGUAUUCCCUUUAUCUCUUCCAUUUCUGGUUCGGCAUUUACAAUUAGAGCUUAUUCUUCAUGCCGUUACAGUAAAAAAUCCAUUUCAGUAAUGGAUAAAUUUGGUGUAAAUAGUAGCAAUUUAGAUGAUGCUGUUACUCUCUUCCAUCAAAUGGUUACAAUGAAGCCUCUUCCUUCAGUUGUCCAUUUCUCUCAAUUGUUUAAGACUAUGAUAAAGAUGAAACAUUACUCUGGUGCCCUUUCUCUUUUUCGACAAAUGCUGAAAUUGGGCAUCCCAAUUAGUGAUUUCAUCUUAAAUAUCAUGAUUAAUAGUUAUUGCCUGAUGUAUCGGGUUGAUUGUGCAUUUUCGGUGUUACCCAUUUACUUGAAGAAUGGCAUUCCAUUUAAUACUGUUACCUUUAACACCCUAUUAAAAGGAAUCUUUGCUCAAAAUAAGGUCAAAGAUGCAGUUGAAUUGUUCAAGAAGUUGGUGAGAGACAAGAUUUGUGAGCCUGACGAAGUCAUGUAUGCAAUCGUCAUGAAUGGGCUAAGCAAAAGGGGUCAUACUCAGAAGACUUUAAGUUUGCUCCGGUUAAUGGAACAAGGUAAUACUGAGCCCACCAUAUAUAUCUACAGCAUUGUUAUAGAUGCUCUUUGCAAAGAUGGAAACUUAGAUGCUGCUAUCAAUAUUCUGAACGAGAUGAAGCAGAAAGACAUUCCUCCAGACAUAGUCACAUAUAAUUCAAUAAUUGAUGGUUUGUGUAAGUUUGGUCAGUGGGAAAAGGUUACGAGUUUGUUCUAUGAGAUGGUGAACCUUAAUAUUUAUCCAGAUGUGCAUACCUUAAACAUAAUAACAGAUGGACUAUGCAAAGAAGGGAAAGUCAAAGAUGCUGAGGAAGUAAUGAAACACAUGGUCGAAAAGGGUGUAGAGCCUAAUACAAUCACCUACAAUGCAUUGAUGGAUGGAUAUUGUUUGCGUGGUCAACUAGAUAGAGCAAGGAGAAUUUUUAGUAUCAUGAUAGAUAAGGGCAUUGAGACCGACAUUAUUAGCUAUAACGUACUAAUAAAGGGAUACUGUAAGAAAAAGAAAGUGGAUGAGGCCAUGCAAUUGUUUUGUGAAAUUUCCCAAAAGGGAUCAAAACCCGAUAAUUUUACCUACAAUACGAUCUUGCAAGGUCUUUUUGAAGUUGGAAGAACUGGUGAUGCAAAGCAAAUUUACGCUGAGAUGCUAACUGCAGGGACCAAGCCUGAUAUAUACAUUCAUGUCACUUUGCUCAAUGGUUAUUAUAAGUACGGACUUGUUGAAGAAGCUAUGGCACUCGUUAAUAAGUUAGAAAGAAACAAAGAAUAUACUAAUAUUGCAUUUUAUAGGGUUGUCAUUAACGGAUUGUGCAAAAAUGGUAAACUCAACAAAGCACAUGCUGUUUUCAAGAAGCUUUCUUUCAUUGGAUUACUCCCAGAUGUGAGAACAUACACUAUAAUGAUUAAUGGAUUUUGUUUUGAAGGGUUGUUUGAUGAAGCUAAAUAUAUUCUAAGAAAAAUGGAAGACAACGGUUGUUCUCCAAACAAUGUCACUUAUAAUGUUAUUGUGCAAGGAUUUCUCAGGUGCAACAAAAUUAGUGAAAUGGCAUCUUUUAUGAAGGAAAUGGAUGGAAGGGGCUUCUCAUUUGAUGCAACUACAACUGGUUUUUUGAUAGAUGUUGUAAGGGAGAAUCCUUCUGUCCUUGACAUGAUACCAGAGCUUCACUCAAAAAAUAAGAAGUGAUAUUUUGUUUGGUUUAUUCGGCUACGCUAUCGCUGUGAUACAAUUUCCUUUUAUCCCUGCAAAAGAAAUGACAGCCUAUGCAUUUGCUAAAGUUGAUGGCAAUUAGAACAUUGUUUGAGCUUUCAACACAACCUAAUGAGGAGGUACAUCAAUUUUGGUUUGAGUUUUUCUUGCCAUUCUUCUUUUUCUUAGAAAUCAAAUGUCAUUGCACUCUUAAUAUGAGAAAAAAUGGUGACCAUACUGAUAUUCUUAAAAAAGGAAUAGUGGUAAGUUCCCUUAUGUGUCACAUUACUCCGUAUAGUCCAUAUUAAGUGAAUUAUUCAAAGUUCAUGAAAAUUGUUGGAACUCUUUUCCAUAUUUACUCUUCAUUUAAUGAGAUUCUUAACUUCUUUACAUUUUCUAGGAGACUAGUUUGAAAAUAAUCAAAAAGGUAAUAGUAGAAAAUGGUCUUUAAUUUUAUGUCCUUAAAUAUUUUUCUUAAGGGUUGCGCCAUACUUAAACAAUUCACUUAAUAUGGUCUAGAGCGAGUAUAAGUCUAGUAAUAUCAUUUUCAGUGCUAUUAAUAUACAGGAACAUCAAAACAUUCAUGUUUCUGAGUAAACCCUCCCAGAAAAAAUAUCUAUUAAUUUAUAUGCAGGUUGAUGCAGGGCAAGUUGCUAGUACAGGAAUGGUUGCACCAAGUUAUGUUCAGAAAGUUGCACAGAGUAUUCUUGUUAUAAAUGUCGAAUACCAAAUUUUUUAAAUACGCAUGCCAAAUAUCAUAUUAUCGGAACUGUGGUGUCAAAAAUUUCAGUUUUGGUAUCUACCAUACCAUGCCAACCCCUAAUUAUGACCGAACUAGGGAAAUUUGUGCUAUUAACCUAAAGAUAUAAAAUGAAUCUAGUUCGCACUAGCAUAUAACUAAAGUAAUUCUCUUGACUUUCAAUGUUGACAUUAAAAACUUUUGUUUUAUUGUAUUGGAUUUCAAUGGUGUUCGGGCCAACUAACACACACCUAUACUAAUUCCACGGUGUACCUACUAUCACCCACCAACACUGGUACCUGUAAUUUUGUCCACCAAGGCCUAUAUAAAUGGAAAGAAAUCAACUAGCUUUUUUGCCUUCACUGGGAUUUGAUUCGAGACCACAUGGUUCUUAAUCCACUUCAUUGACUACUAGGCUAUACCCUUUGGUGCCCAAUAGUCAUAUAGAAAGUUUUUGUGGGCUGCUAUUAUGCGUUUUGCAAUAGUUAUGAGAACUCAAUUAAUUGAUCUUGCUUUUGUGGCUUCAUUGCAACAGCGUUAGGACUUCUAAUCAACCAUGGUUAUCAUGAAUUUAACAUAUUGUUUCAAUAUUUUGCAUUCAUUACAGUGUUGUCUCAGAAGGAAGAUGGAUGUGUUGCUGGUUUCUUGGAAGAGUGCUUGAACGUGGGUCUUAAUUUCAUUUUAUCAGCCGAGGUCGAUCACAAAAAGAAGACUACAUGUUUGGCUUUGGACUCACAGAUGAGGUAGUUUGAACAGGGAUUAGGUUUUGAUAUAUGAGCACAAGAGGAAGAGAUCGCCUGGUUCAACUUCCACUGGUGAUGGUGAUUCCUUCUUGAAAACAGUAUAUUCAGUUGAAUUUGAAUAUUCUAAUAAUAAGAUCGAAUCAAUUCCUAUUCGAAAAGAGGAAGUAUUUUUAUCAAGCUGACAUGGUUUCUGGAGCAUCCUUAUCAACUGGUGCAACUAGUCACUUAUAGUUGAUUUUGCAAUUUGAGACAUUCUUUAGAUAUGCACAAUAUAGUUGUGUAUAAUAGACAUACGACCCUUUCCUCAAUCUGCGCAUAGCGGGAAAUUAGUGCUUUUAGACGUUCUUUAGAAUUUGUAGAGUUGACUUUAUUCAGAUGGAGAGAUCUACGAUUCGUAUUUUAUUAUUUGUGACAUAUUUGGUUACUAUGUGCUUCAUAGUUAAUACUACAAAGGUAGUUGCAGUAAA